AUGGCCAAGGGGAAAGGCCCCAAAGGGAAAAAGGUCACCUUGAAGGUGGCGAAGAACUGCAUCAAGAUCACCUUUGAUGGGAAGCAGCGCCUGGACCUGAGCAAAAUGGGCAUCACCACCUUCCCCAGGUGCAUCCUCAAGCUGGCCGACGUGGACGAAUUGGACCUCAGCCGAAACAUGCUCAAGAAGAUCCCGGACUCCAUUGAGAAGUUCCAGAACCUCCGCUGGCUCGACCUGCACAGCAACCAGAUCGAAAAGCUGCCCGAAACCAUCGGCAAUCUGCAGAGCCUCGUCUUCCUCAACCUCUGCAACAAUAAGCUGACGGCCCGCAGCUUGCCGGUGGAGCUCAACCAGCUCAAGAUCCUCCGAAACCUCAACCUGGGCCUGAACCACAUCGACAACCUCCCCACCACCCUGGGGGCUCUCAAAGAGCUCCAGGAAGUCGGGGUCUUCGACAACUUGCUGACCAUCAUCCCCAACAGCAUCAAGAAGCUCCCCAAGCUGAAGAAGCUGAACACCAAGAGGAACCCCUUCCCGGGGCCCACGGAAGAGGAGGAGUUCAUCGACAGCAUCAAGCGUCUGGAGAGCCUCUACUUGGUGGAAGAGAAAGACCUUUGCUUCCCCUGCCUGAGGAAGUGUCAAGAAGAGCGGGAGAAGCUGAACAAGCUGAAGAACACGGUGCCCGCCCCGGCCCGGAAGCCAAACUUCUCCAACCUCAUGACGCCCAACUCUCUGGCCAAGGACAACCAAGCGGACUGGAGAUGA